GACCUUGAUGCUAUCAAGUCAUGCCUCAGCGACAACGGUCGUCUCUCCAUCGAAGCGCCAAAAAUCCCGAAGCCCGAAGCCGAGACCGGCAGAAGUAUUCCGAUCGAACGUGUCAGCAACGCAAAACCCGUUACUGAGAAGAAGUAAAGGACUUCGAAUUAGAGAAUGAUC